GCCUUGAGUCACCACAUUGUGGGAAGAGAUGGCUGCUUCCUGGGGCACUGCCAUUCUCCUGCUGGUGAUACCCUGUGUUUGCAGCACUGUCUUCUACAGAGACCAGCAGACAUGGUUUGAGGGUGUCUUCUUGUCCUCUAUGUGCCCCAUCAAUGUCAGUGCCAGCACCUUGUAUGGAAUUAUGUUUGAUGCAGGGAGCACUGGAACUCGAAUUCAUGUGUACACAUUCGUGCAGAAAAUGCCAGGACAGCUUCCAUUUCUGGAAGGAGAAAUUUUCGAUUCUGUGAAGCCAGGACUUUCUGCUUUUGUAGAUCAACCUAAGCAGGCUGCUGAGACUGUUCAAGAGCUCUUAGAGGUGGCCAAAGACUCAAUCCCCCGAAGUCACUGGAAAAGGACCCCAGUGGUCCUGAAGGCCACAGCAGGACUACGCUUACUGCCGGAAAAGAAAGCCCAGGCUCUACUAUUUGAGGUAGAAGAGAUCUUCAAGAAGUCCCCCUUCCUGGUUCCAGAUGACAGUGUUAGCAUCAUGGAUGGAUCCUACGAAGGCAUAUUAGCCUGGGUUACUGUGAAUUUCCUAACAGGUCAACUGCAUGGCCAUGGCCAGGAGACCAUGGGGACCCUGGACUUGGGGGGAGCCUCCACCCAGAUCACAUUCUUGCCCCAGCUGGAGAAAACCCUGGAACAAACCCCUCAAGGCUACCUAACUUCCUUUGAGAUGUUUAACAGCACUUUUAAGCUCUAUACACAUAGUUACUUGGGAUUUGGAUUGAAAGCUGCAAGACUGGCGACACUGGGAGCUCUGGAGACAGAAGGGAUUGAAGGACACACUUUUCGAAGUGCCUGUUUACCAAGGUGGUUGGAAGCAGAGUGGAUUUUUGGGGGUGUGAAAUACCAGUAUGGUGGCAACCAAGAUGGGGUGAUGGGCUUUGAGCCCUGCUAUGCUGAGGUGCUAAGAGUGGUGCAAGGCCAACUUCACCAGCCAGAGGAGAUCAAGAGAAGUUCCUUCUAUGCUUUCUCUUACUAUUAUGAUCGAGCUGCUGACACACACAUGAUUGAUUAUGAAAAAGGAGGUGUUUUAAAAGUUGAAGAUUUUGAAAGAAAAGCCAGAGAAGUUUGUGACAACCUGGAGAGCUUCACUUCAGGCAGUCCGUUCCUGUGUAUGGAUCUCAGCUACAUCACAGCCUUGUUGAAAGAUGGCUUUGGCUUUGCGGACAGCACCCUUUUACAGCUCACAAAAAAAGUGAACAACAUAGAGACGGGCUGGGCCUUGGGAGCCACCUUCCACCUGCUGCAGUCUCUGGGCAUCUCCCACUGAGGCCGAACUCCCUCUUUAGUCUGUAGUCAACACCCCUUUAAGGGGAGGAGAGAAGACGCAAUCAUUUUCCAGGCUGGUAUAGGGAUAGCCUGCACUGAAGCCCAGCAACUGGUUUUAUCAGGAAGAGGCUUUUUAACAUGGAUCUUGCCUUUAAGCCUAGAGAUUUAGGUUUAAUUUUAUGCAUCUAACGUGAAUUGUUACCUAACCACUUUGGUGUACACAGCUGGCACUAGAAUUAUAAGUCUUGAUUCUUGGUGUGUUAACAAAGAAUCUUCAAGCCAAAAAAAAAGCUUUGGAACUCCUUCAACCUUGGAGAACUCAGGGAUGGGUUCCCUGGGAACCAAAGGAAAAAUCUCAUUCCAACCCUGCAGUGCCUCGUUCCUUUGAACAUUAAAAUUUUCCUCAUACAUGCUACAUUAGUACAAUCACAUGACUGAUCGAUACCAGUACAUAUUUUUCUUCACCCUCCAUUAUCCUUAAGAGAGAAAAACAACUGGUUUUGCUUUCCAUGUGUAAUUUUU